UAAUAAAAAAAAUAUUAUGGUCCUUCUUAUUAUUUUUGAAACUCAAAAUUAGACUAAUAGUUUGGCAGCAAGUUACGAAAAGUCCUUGAGAACUAGUCUCGUAAGGAGUGCGGCUACGUCAUCGACGGUAUUUUUGUAGGUAUGUAUACCGCUAGCUUUGGCAUGAUUGGCCAACAAAGCCUUGUCGGCGGCCAUUUUGUUCAAUGCUGAGUCACCAAAAGGUGAAAAAUAUACAUCAAGCGCACUCCCCACGAGACUAUACAACGGUAUUGGGCAUUUCCCUCGUGAACACAAAAUUUGGGAUUCAUGUUCCCUCAAACUAUGCGUGUGGAUAGGAGAUAUUUCUGCAAUUUUUAUCCUGAAGGAUUUUCUUCAGUUUUGAAAAAGUUUUGACGAAUAAUAAUAUAAACAACUAGGAAGUUUCAAAAAGUUACAAACAACAAGACGGAAGUUUGUUUUCCACCUUACCCUUAGUCGCCGCAGGUCGUCGCCGGCAUUCACACGUUCGGGCGUAAUUGAAUUUCUGUAAAAAAUUGUGUUGAAUAAACAACGAUCGCAUAUUUUGUGAAAGGAUUGAAACAAUUAUCUGUCAAGUUUUGAGUGCAGUUUAUACGGAGUGCAGUGCUAUAUAGUGCAAGUGUUUACGUACCUUUCAGAAGCUAAUGUCACAAACGGACAUAUGAUGUAGUCGUGCCUAUCUCUUGGAUCUUAUGGACUAGUUGAAUACCGUGAUUUAACAAAACUCCAAUAUGACGGAAACUACGCUAGUGAAGGUGAAAACUGAGCGGCCUGAUGAGGCGGAGAUCAGGGAGUUGGCUGCAAAGAUGGUGGAGGCUAAUAAAGCGAAGGCACUAGCGGCUUCUGCAGCGGUGCCUCGACCUCCACCAGGUUUGGCGGGAGCGGCACCAGUCGGUCCCGGGGGACAGAUGGGCAUCCUUAAUUACUUAAAUCGAAAGAAUGGUGUAUCAAUUGAGUUGCAGCGACCAACUUCUGACGAUAAAAAGACGCCGGCCCCCGAUGAAGCCAGUUAUAAAGGCCAUUUCGGCUGGGACAUGCUCGGCAAGUGUCAUAUACCUUACAUCUACCGGUCUGGCGAAAAGUAUGUUGCGGUUCGCAUGGUGGAGAUAAAGCUUCUCAAUAAGUACCUGAACUAUCUACACGCCGACAUCUACUCCUGCACGUGUAUCAGGAGUUAUUAUAUUACGGAAGUCGAAGCGCGGCUUCUCAAUGAGAUAAACACGCGACAUUGUGACGGUCAGUUUGGUCGAGAUGCAUUCACGCAGAAGGAUUUAGUUGUUAGACUUUCGGAUGCUUACGAGUUCUAUAAUUUCUUGGACGUUUGCUACAACAAAUUGUUACGUGGUACGACUAAUAAUAAGGACAAGUGUGGCUUCAUUAGGAUAAAUAAGGAGUCGGUGGUGCCGUACACAGUGCGUGAUAACCAGAAAUUUGUUCCAUUAUUUUAUUUUGAAGGUGAAACGGACAAUUUAAAGUUGAAAGCGGAUCAGCUGAAAGGCUGGGACCUGUCGUAUUUGAAGUUUUGCUGUAAAGUGCAAGGAAUACGGAAUGAACUUUUUGCCAGCGAAACUUGUUCUGUGAUCAGUUUGACGGAUAUCAAGAGCUACUUCCCGCCAGGAACGGAAUUCGAGGAGUACUGGCCGAACAAAGUGGUGGAGUCACAGCUACUAAUAUCAGCCAAAGGGUCCGCGUCAGGCGGUGGGCAAUGGACGCGCGCUCCGCCCGCCCCGCCACCAGGCGCCGCGCUACAGCUGCCGCAUGGAGGCAUUACAGCCGCCGCUGUUCAAGCGCUCGCUAACAACUGGAACCUGCCCGCCGCACUCUCGCAGGCGCAGACGCAGCAGGUGCUACGGCUUGCACAGGCACAGGUGGCUGCGCAGGCGCAGGCGGCGGCGCGCUAUAACCUGGCGGCCAGCAUGCCGCAGCACAGGUCGCAGCAUCAGCGCAAUGUACAGUUUCCGAACAGUUCAAUAACAAUGGCGAUGGCGCAGCAGCCGCCCCCACCUCUGGUGAGGAGCACUGCAAACACCACCACCAUGAAUGUGCCACCGCAAGUAACUGGGACAAUGAAUGGCCACUCAACCUCUCUGUCCGUGGAGCCGCGCAAAAGGCUUACCCCUAUAGCAGACAUCAAUACAAAUGGCAGCCAUACGCCGUAUAAGGUGCAAAAAGCACUGGUGGAGAACACAAUGGUACCGUGCAUCAACGCGAAGCCAUACCAGUACACGGAGCUGCUGAUGACGCUGCCCGACCUUGCCAGCCACUUCUUCCCGCGCGUGCCGCUCGCCACCUGCCGCUCCAUGCUCGAGGCGCUCGGCCUCACCCUCUAUAGGCCCAACUCUACUCAACUGCAAGUACUACGGAACUCGGGUAAAUGUAAAUCAGCGGCUGCGGGCGAGAAUGGUCUCGCGCUGGUGCAGAUCCGCGACGUGAUGCAGCAUAUGCUGCAGAUCAAAUAUAUGCUGCGGUCAGGCAUGGCGAUGGAGGAGCACACGCAACAGCAGCCCCCGAGACCAGCGCACGCACAUCCGCCCCACGCCAAGCGAGCACGCGCAAACUGAACUCACGCCACAAUAACAAUGAACUAAACAUAUGCUGACUGGUGAUAAACUGACCCAGGCGACGAUAAGGGUUAUCUCUUAUGAGAUCCCUCAAAGGAGCUUGUUUGGCAUGGAAAGAAACCAGCAAAACAUCGCCAGCAUAGGUCUUGCUUCUUGAAAACACUGUAAAACUGUUAAAUGCCCUUGAGAAUGGAAAGUUGGACAGCUGUUUAAAGAUACCUCUGUGUUUUGUCUCAUGAAUAAGGUGGCCAUAACUGAAAAAUUUCUUUAAAAGGGCUGGCCAGCCUUUCUAAUGUAAACCAUUUGUUGGCGCAAUACAAUACCAGUGAAUUAUUUUAAGGAUAAGAAGUGGCUGAGACAUGUUGAACCUUGACACAGUUUGCGUCAAUAUCAGCGCUUGUGUACUAAAGAGUUAUCAUUCGACUUGUGUGUAACUCCAUCAGUGCAAAUUAACUUAUAUUAGUUAUAAAGAAAUGUGAAAGUGGUAAACAAUAAUAUAAAAUUGACUUUUGGUCACAUUUUAAGAUGUUUAAGUGUUUAAAUUUAGUUAUUUUAUUAGCGUUAAUUCAAACGCUGUAAAUAUAGACUUAUGUAAUAAGUUAGUUAUGUCAAUUUUUCCAUAUUUGUAUGUAUAAAUAUUGUAAAUGUAUAGAUCUAACUUGUAACAAUCUACACUUACUAUUUAAUAGAAGACUGAGAAUUUUAUUUUUAAUUAUUUUAUAGCUAAAAGAAUGGAUGUGUCGCGAAAUGUGACGCUGUUUUUUUUUUAUUAUUUUGGAGUAAAUAUUAAUAUUGUACAUUUAUAUACUCUGUAUAUAAGAUUGUUUAUGCUUAAAGUGGUAAAGUUAUGUAAGUCACCAAAAAUGGACUCUCAUGUAAAAAAGGUUAACAUGAUGCAUCAAUGCAAUAACAUAUAGGUAUAAGGUAUUUCUUCAAACUCUUGAGAAGUAGAAAUACAUAUAUUUAAUCUAGAUAUAGAUUUCUAACCGAUAGAUGGAGUAUAAAAUUUUCAAAUGGCAAUAAAAGGCUUCCAGAGGCCUUUUUCUAGCCCUUUGUGCUCCGGAUAAAGGAUUUCUAAGUUAUAAAUCUAUGAUCUAGGCAAUGUUCCUAAAAUGCUGUGCUACGAGAGUCCAUAGAGGUUUUAUUACUUUAAGAAAAAGCAUGACCUGUAAGGUUUUCUAUUAUUAUAUAAAUACAGAUUUUACUGUGUUCCUGUAUAUAGUAUGAUAUAGACCAAAUAACAAAAUAUUGGCCUGAAGUAUUCCAGAAAAUAUGACCAACAGGUUAUGUUUUCGUAAUUUAAAAUAGGAUAAAAAUUGUAAAUUAUUAUCAGCCAGAAUUUUUGUAUUAAUUUUGCAUGUAUUUUCAAAUUAAUGAGGCUUUUAUAAAAAAAAGGAUAUUAGUUUAAACGCACAAAGCUAUUUCUGUAUUUAUUUCUACCUUUUUUUUGUAAUAUCAUGUGAAAUUUCAUAAGAAAGUUUCUUGGCAAAACCAGUGAAAAGUUUUUAUUGUAUGUUUAAGAUGAAAAAAAGUACACCGAUUGUUUAUUGGUAUUUUGUGCAAGAAGGAUUGAUGAAUAAUUUUCCUUUGGUAAAAAUUUAAAUGUAUUUAAUUUGCAUUUUAUAUGUUUUAUUUGGAAAAUUCAUUCCUUAAAACAUUUUUUUGUAAACAUGACAAAUAUGUGCUAGUUAUUAUGUAUAUAUAUUUAAUGCAAUCUUCACUUUUUCAUUGUGAAGAUUGUCAUAUUAAUUGUAACCUUAUAUCAAAGCCAUGUAAAAUGUUUAUGGUAAAUUAUUUAUGUUAUAGUUGUAAGUCCCAGUAUGAUCUAAAUCAUUAUUGUGAAUUGUAAAUUGAGUGGUUACAGGACACUGUCUUGUGGAGUUCUGAUAAACAAAAUAAAAAGAUUCUUUACAU